AAACCUUUAUGGCGAGCGGUGUGGCAAUGGCCCGGGCCUCAAUGCACUAGGACUUUUCUAUGGCUCCUUACGGAAAAUAUAUUGCUCACUAACGUGGAAAGGAAAAGGCGACACUUAACGGCCAAUGGGCUCUGUGAGAUGUGCGGACAGACCGAGGAGACAAUUCUACAGGCGGUGAGGGAUUGUUCACUGGCCGUUGAGUUCGGUUACGGAUUGCAAAAUGUCAGAACCGUAACAAAAGGUUUGCUGACCAUUUGGCUUCCUUCGCUGCGGAUGGAUCGAUGGGGUAUCACUUCUUACAUGAUCCACCAGAUGGGGUUCGUCAGUGGCUCCACCAUGAAUUUCUUGGCG